AAAUUUUUCGUACACUACCCGUAUUGCUAUGGUUACUGGAAAAAGUAUGCAGACCUUGAAAAGCGACAUGACAACAUUAAACAAUCAGAUGAGGUGCGUACAUCAAUGAAUACAAUUUUCUCUGUUAGGUACUGUAAGCCAAUUAAUAACAAAACAGACUCUUUUUUUUCUGGCUGGCAGUACCUACCAUUUAUGGUGAAACAUUUUUUAUAGGGUAUUUUAUUUGCAUUUGUCACUCUUGUGGCAUUUGUAGCUAAUAUUUUCUCUCUUUGUUGGCAGGUGCGUUAACCCUCUACAGUUUGUCAAGCUUUGCAGUGCAAGCCUCUGUAUUACACUGCAGCUUAACAAGUAGGGCAGGGCUUUUCUCUCACGUACAUUUAUUUCUCAUUUUCCAAACAAUAGAGUUGGUUUGCUAGUCACAUUUGCUACGUCUUAUUGCAUUUUUGGUCAGACGCUGUCAUUGAUGCUCUAAUGGGUCUGUGCCCUAUGGUCUGUAACCCAAAGCCUGCCCACACAACCCGGUCAGAAUGCAGGGACUGCUGCGCUUUGAAGAUCAAGACUCUGCACGUGGGGAUCAGAACAUUGCCAUGUUCUAUCCAACCUCCACCCAAAUGGUUUAUCGACGGGGGCUUCAGGCAAUACCUCUUAGUGUUGAUCUUUGGAUACAUUAUAUAAACUUCUUGAAAGAAACAUUGGACCCUGGUGAUCAGGAGACAAACACUACAAUAAGAGGAACUUUUGAGCAUGCUGUUCUAGCUGCAGGAACAGAUUUUCGAUCUGACAAAUUAUGGGAAAUGUAUAUAAACUGGGAGAAUGAACAGGGAAAUCUUCGAGAAGUUACAGCUGUAUACGAUCGUAUUCUUGGUAUUCCAACACAGCUGUACAGUCAUCAUUUUCAGAGAUUUAAAGAACAUGUACAAAAUAACUUGCCUAGAGAUCUUUUAACUGGUGAACAGUUUAUUCAGCUGAGAAGGGAAUUAGCUUCUGUAAAUGGACACAGUGGUGAUGACGGACCUCCUGGUGAUGACCUUCCAUCAGGAAUUGAAGACAUAACUGAUCCAGCAAAGCUAAUUACUGAAAUAGAAAACAUGAGACACAGAAUCAUUGAAAUUCAUCAAGAAAUGUUUAAUUAUAAUGAGCAUGAAGUUAGUAAGAGGUGGACAUUUGAAGAAGGUAUUAAAAGACCUUAUUUUCAUGUGAAACCAUUGGAAAAGGCUCAGCUAAAAAACUGGAAAGAAUACUUAGAAUUCGAAAUUGAAAAUGGGACUCAUGAAAGAGUUGUGGUUCUCUUUGAAAGAUGUGUCAUAUCUUGUGCCCUCUAUGAGGAGUUUUGGAUUAAGUAUGCCAAGUACAUGGAAAACCAUAGCAUUGAAGGAGUGAGGCAUGUCUUCAGCAGAGCUUGUACUGUUCACCUCCCAAAGAAACCCAUGGCACAUAUGCUGUGGGCAGCUUUUGAGGAACAACAGGGGAAUAUUAAUGAAGCCAGGAUUAUCUUGAGAACGUUUGAAGAAUGUGUUCUAGGAUUGGCAAUGGUUCGAUUGCGAAGAGUAAGUUUAGAACGACGGCAUGGAAAUAUGGAAGAAGCUGAACAUUUGCUUCAGGAUGCUAUAAAGAAUGCCAAAUCAAAUAAUGAGUCAUCAUUUUAUGCUAUCAAACUAGCCCGACAUCUUUUCAAAAUACAGAAAAAUCUUCCAAAAUCAAGAAAGGUACUUUUGGAAGCAAUCGAAAAAGAUAAGGAGAACACAAAGUUAUACCUCAAUUUACUUGAAAUGGAAUACAGUUGUGACCUCAAGCAAAAUGAAGAAAAUAUCCUCAAUUGCUUUGACAAAGCCAUACAUGGUUCAUUGCCUAUUAAAAUGAGAAUUACAUUUUCUCAAAGAAAAGUGGAAUUCCUUGAAGAUUUUGGUUCAGAUGUUAAUAAGCUUCUGAAUGCAUAUGAUGAACAUCAAACACUUCUAAAAGAACAGGAUACUUUAAAAAGGAAAGCUGAAAAUGGCUCAGAAGAACCAGAAGAAAAGAAAGCACACACAGAAGAUUUGUCAUCAGCACAGAUCAUUGAUGGGGAUUUACAGGCAAAUCAAGCUGCAUAUAAUUACAGUGCCUGGUACCAGUACAAUUAUCAGAAUCCUUGGAAUUAUGGACAGUAUUAUCCUCCACCUCCAACUUGAUGGAAAAAUGUAAACUUCAGAUGGCUUAUAUGAUAUGUGGAAUUAUUUUUUUUGAAGGAUGUAAACAUAGUAUAUGCUUGUAUUUGAUAAUUUGUCCUCCCAGUUUCUGUGUAACAUUUGUCUAGUUAAUACCAGGAAAUGUCAAUUAAUAGUGUAUCAUAGAAACUUUCCUACCAUUUUUAAGAUUUACUUUUUAUUGGAGAACUAUUUUUUUUAUUUUUUAUUUUAUCUUAUUAUUAUUUUUUUUUUUUUUUGCAUUAAUUGGUCUAGCAUUCUUUUGCAGCUCAUACAGGAGAUUUGUAGCCUUAACUGUAGGGAGAAAAAACUGACUGUAAAUCAUGUCAGUUAAAAGAGAUUUGGGGGGGGGGGGAAAUAAGGGCUGGUUAUUGAGAAUUUGCCUCCUAUAAAAAAAGACUUUUAAAAAAAAUUACUUUUAAAUCCUAAGGUUGUCUAUGUUACAUAUACUGGGGAAUUUGGCUCUAACUCCAGGAGAGAUGAACUGUUGACAUGCUCUGCCUUUGAAUAGAUUAUAACCAAGAAAGUUUAAUGUCAGCAUCCCUUUAAGAAAUCAAAUAUCAAAGUAUGUUUUAGGAGAGUGUGUAUCUAGAAUAUUCAUGUAAAACUUAUGAGCAAGCUUUCAUUUUGAUCAGACUUCUCAUUUUUGUAAUAAAAAUGGAGACUCAUGCA